UCCGAUUAUUCAUCUUUUGAUGACGUGAUGGUUGAUGUUUGGAAUCGUUCAUCGACUUCAUCGUUCAACGGGAAGCACCUUGAAACGGCAUAAAUCGCUGCUGGAAUGCAAUUAACCUUGGUACUUUCCGAUUCAUUAUCCAGGUAACAGUGGAUGGCAAUACUUCAAUAUGAGUCAAGUGUACAAUAUUCAUAAUAUGAAUCAACCCGAUUGCAAAUGGAUCGCGCUUCCACCGCCGCUGCCACAUAAAGAUGCCCGAAUAGAACUCGUAUAAGCCCCGAUUUGGACUGACAGUUGCACCACCUAUGGCAGAAGUCGAAAAAGAAAAUCGAAGAAGAGGGAGGUCAUGAAACGGGCGAAGCAAGUGUUCAUCAAGCGCAAUAUUUCUGUGAGAACAAUGCAGAGGCAACGACAAGUGGCAUGCUACUCCCCUGUUAUGGAAGAAGAGGCUCUUGAAGUUCGUCAACCGAAGAUGACUGGUCAAGAAGAAAAGCUAAAAAGGAAAUAA